AUGCGACCAGACUCUGCCCUGGAUCCUUCUGCAGUUGGUCUUUCGUCGUCAACACAAUCGCCACAACCAAACACUCCAUCAACAUCGGUGCUCGAGGCCGACAUCGACAGCGCUACUGAGACCACGCCACUAAUCAUGGCUCUUUCAGAGGACAAAGGUCACUCUGAGGAGGUGAACACCAUUAGCAAGGAUGACGCGGAGAGGCAGCGCUCGAACAGCAUUCAGCAUGGUGACCGGGCUGCGCAAUUGUUCGGAGACCAGAGGGUCAGCUUGACGGAAGAAGACAAUAUUCGAAUCCGCAAGAAGAUCGACAGGGUCAUCCUGCCUAUCCUUGUAUGGGUAUACUUCUUGCAAAUCUUGGACAAGAGUGUUCUCGGUUAUGGUGCAGUGCUAGGCUUGCGCACUGAUACAGGUCUUACGGGCAAUCAGUACUCACUCGUGUCGAGCGUUUCUGCAAUGGCACAACUCGGAUGGCAGCCCUUCAGCUCGUAUCUGAUCGUUAAGGUUCCCCACAGAUACCUGAUGCCAGCGCUGGUCCUGGGUUGGGGUCUUGCGCAGACAUUCAUGGCGGUGUGCCACAACUUCGGAGGCUUAUCGCCACCAGUGGGACUGUUCGAGGCAGGGUGCUUACCUCUGUUCUCCGUCAUCACUUCGCACUGGUACAGGAGAUCUGAGCAACCAUUCCGGAUUGCUCUAUGGUACGGAACAAAUGGUCUGGCCACGAUGUUUGCAGCGGCAGUCUCGUACGGCUUUGGCUCGAUCGCCAACCCUUCGAUUGCGGAAUGGAAGAUCUUGUUCCUGUUCGUGGGAAUCAUAACAAUCAUCACGGCUCCCAUCGUCUAUUACUACCUUGACAGCGACAUUCCCUCCGCACGCUUUCUCACCGACCACGAGAAGCUUCAGGCUAUCGAGCGAGUACGCGCCAACCAGACUGGAACCGGCUCCCGCGAAUUCAAGUGGUCUCACGUCUUUGAAGCGCUGAUCGAGCCGAAGUCCUGGCUCUUUGUGGGGAUGACUCUGUGCUUAAAUACCGGGGCCGCAGUCACGAACACCUUCGGACCGCUCAUCAUUCAAGGACUGGGCUUCACGCCACGCCUUACUUCUCUCCUCAACAUCCCGUUCGGCGCCGUUCAACUUGCGGUCAUCCUUCCCUCUUCAUGGCUUGCCCAUCGUUACCGCGUCAAAUCGCCAUUCUUGGCGGCCCUCAUGCUCCCAGUCCUGGCUGGCAAUGUCAUGCUGUACACACUUCCACGCUCCAACUCAGGCCCGCUCCUGGCUGGUUACUACUUGUUCGCAUUCCUGUUUGGCGGCAACCCUCUAAUCGUCAGCUGGAUUAUCUCGAACUUCGGCGGCUCGACCAAGAAAUCCGUCGUCAUGUCUCUGUACAACGCCGGCUCCUCAGCCGGAAACAUCAUUGGCCCACUAUUGUUCAAUUCUAAGGAUGCACCGAAUUAUUACCCAGGCUUGAAAUCGGUACUGGGAAUAAUUGCCGCCAUGAUCGCUGCAAUUGGCAUCCAGUUCUUAAACCUGUGGUUCUUGAACAAGCUUCAGCGCAAGAAGCGCGUCCGGAAUGGAAAGCCAGCGGAUAUGAAGGAUUACAGUAUGCAGAGGACGUAUGAGGCUCGGUCUGAGGAGGAGGGGUCUGAUCAGGGGUUGCUGGACUUGACGGAUCGGAAGAAUGAUGAGUUCAUCUAUGUGUACUAG